AUGCCGUCAAGAGGGGCGUUGGAUCCCUUUGCCGUCCUCGUCGACGCCAAACGCGAAGUUUCACUCGCUGCCAUCGCCGCGCGGGCGAAGCUUUCCAUCUCCGACCUCCGCCAGCUCAACCCCGGGCUGAACUCGUACAGUCACCUGGAGCCACUGCCUGUCGGGACACUGGUUCAUCUGCCUCCGCUGCUGGAUCAACAGGGAAAUCCGUACGGCAACUAUUUCACCAUUGGACGCAUGGAAGAGGCGUUACGUUCACUGAAUGCAAGACUGGAUGGGCUUGUUGCGGAGGAGAUGAAAUCGCUUCCGGUGCUUCGCCCGCGUAAAAUUCUCUCCAAGACAGAAAGGAUUGCUAGAAUGGUACGGGAAGAAAGUGUGCGUCAGCUGGCACAUAUUAAAGAAGAGUAUACGGAGUGUGGAGAACGCCCGAGUCUUCUUCAGUUUCUUGUGGAUGUGGAGCCCGUGAGGCAAUUGCAGAGUGCCCUUGAAGAGGAGUUUGACGGACGGCAACUUCAUCUAAAGGCACUAGAGAAUGUCAACCAUGGGAUCUUCAGCAAGCCAAGGCGCCACCAGCAAAAUGCCAUCACGGAGGGUUCACGCUGGAGUGUGCGAGAUGCCUCGGAGGAUUUUUGCUUAGAGGAGCACUCCCAUCGUUGGGAAUUUACGUUUUUUUUUCCGGAGUCAUCCCUAGAGGUGCAAGACUCCUGGGCAGUGCUUUCUUGCCAGACUCUUGGUGCCCUGCUCGAUGCCUUUGAGUGUCGCAAUUGUCUACCUGUAAACAUGUCUAAGAACGCAUUUAUUUUUAUUGGUGGGACUUUCUACGUUGAUAAUCGUCAUGCGGGAAUUGAGGGCGAAAACUACGAUGACUUGACGGCUCCAAUUCGUUACUUUCAACCCUUGAAAGAUGUGGAUCCUGGGAACACGCAAAACUUGGCAUUUGGAAGAUGUCCUGUGAAGUACAUGUCGGAGACCACCUUUGCGGACCUGGAUGUACGACUCGGGGAAUUUGGCGUCAUCCGACACAUUGGAUGGUGCACUCACUACUUCUACCUGAGUUCCGUGCAGAGUCUUCGAGGCAUGAAACGGUAUCACUAUGAGAAGGGGGCAUAUCCUCAGCGUGUCAUGAAGGCGCCUACUCGCGUUGUGCGUUGCCGCAUGUGUCGACAGUUUGCAGCCACCAUCGCUUGCUACAAUGAUGAGCUUUCACCCAAUAGCCCUUGUCCCUACUGUGUUCCUUGCUUUGAAUUGUUACACGCAACAGAUGAAGGUGUUGUUGAGGAGGAGAAAUUUAUUGCCAUCAAGCUCCCAGAUGGGAAGUAUUUUACAAUGUGA